AUGCACCCUUCGUCUCGUUUCGGUCGCCCUUUGCCGACGACGGAGGAAGAGCUCCUCGAGGAACAGCGCGCGUUUCUGGAGAGGAAGGAAACGCCUGCGGCGAAAGCGCUGAGGAAAGAGAAAAGAACGAACGACGAGGACGACGACGAAAAGGAGGAGGAGGAGGAGGAAACGAAUGCGAGCAAGAACAGUAACAACGUUGAGAAACCGUUCGUGGUGGAAGAAGCGUCGCUGAAAAUUGUGGAGCGGGACACGUCGACGGUGAUACCAACACCGCCAAUGAAGAGAGACGAUGGGAGCGAAACGAGAGGUUUUCCGAAAGCGGAGCAUCGGUCGAAGGAAGGCGGUGGUAAAGGUGGUGAUGAUAAUGAUCCGAAAAUUUUGAGUAAGUUUGCCAGGAGACGCGCGGAGAUGCGCGGGGAGAAGAUUUUGGACGUGCACGAACCGGAUGUGAUGAAGAAGGGGAGAGCGGAUGGCGCGUCGUCGGCGGCGGCGGCGGCGAUGAUUCCGGAACACGAGGAUAAAGACGUGGCGGCGGAAACGAAGAGAGUGUUGGCGUCCAUGAGCGUGGAAGAGGCGAUGAAGCAGAGGAAAGAACUGGAGGAGAAGAUGGAUCCAAAAAUUGUGGGGUUCUUUAGGAAUCGCAAUCGAAAGAAGAUGGAUGCGACGAGCGAGGAUAAAAAAGAGGCGGGGGCGUCUGAAGCGGCGCCGCCUCGUUUGACCACAACAACGUCGGGGAAUAGUAGUAAACUUAACAACAAAAGCACGAGUAAGAAACCAGACGCGAUGAAACUGAUGAAAGCGAACGUGGAUCCAAUGUCCAGAGUGCACGCUGCUGAUGUUCGGUUUACAGCUUCCGGUGAACCAAUCGUACCGGUGGAACACUACCAAAACAUCUCCGCGCAGGAAGGACGGAUUCCCGCGCCCACCGAACGCGAUUUUGUUCGCGCCGGGGGAUUGUUUAAUAAACCAAACAUCGCGGCUUCGACGUCGGCAGAAGAGAGUGACGAUCCAGGGUACACUUUAUUAGAAGCUCGACAGUUGUGCGUCUCGUCGGUUCCAGGCCAGCGCGCAUUAGGGUAUCGUUUGUUAGCCAACGUGUUCAAAUCGGCGCGAAGAUUUGGUCACGCGCCGGAAAGAGUCGCGACGGAGGAGCCGCAAGAGUUGCCACUAGGAAGCACCUGGGCCGGUAUAUGGGUCUCUGCAGUCGUGGAUGUUGGCGCCGUAUCGCUUGUUCGACGAGGGCUGGACGAUUCAAACCCGCUCGUUUUCUCCUCCGCCGCGUUGGCGAUGCGAGAGUUGUGUUGCGGCCGAGGCGGCGGGGGCGUGUUCGGGACCGAAGAACGGUUAAUGUCACAAUUAGAAUCGUUUGCAGGCGUCCCUGCGAUUUCGAAGGCGUAUUCUGCGGUCACGUGCCACGCGCCCAUGUGGAGAGAAUCGCGAGAUGACGCACCUAAAGGCGGUCGAGGGUAUGAACCGAAAGCGUGGGAACCCGCCGGAGGGGUCAUCGAGAUUGAUCAGAGCACAAAUUUGGUGUGUUGCGACGAGGAAGACGAGGAAAUCGCAAACAGUGUCAUGCAAGCCGCCACGACUGGUGCAAAACUAGAUCCGGAAGCAGAAGCCGAGCUGAGACGGAUAGAAUCCGAACGAGCGGUCGAUCCAAUCGCGGCUUUAUUGCGAGCGAAGACUUUAGAACGAGUGAGAUAUUUACUCGAGAUGGAACGGAGUCCAGUGGCGGAAGUCCCUCUGUUACAGUUUUUGUCCACGGCGGCGACGCACUCAACGUCCGCCGCGGUUGCGGUUGCGAAGUGUCCGAGACUGCUGGACGUGUUGUGUAGGCGAGUGACGAGCUUUGCGUCGUCGUCGUCGUCAUCGGCGCCGCCAGAAGGUGCGAACUCAAUUGCCUCGCGCGCGUACGUUUUGGAAACGAUAUGUUCCAUCGUACGCGUCGCCGGUACAGGCGUUGUAUUUGAACCAUCGGAUGCGAGCAACGAUAGAUUAAAUAUCGCACACAGCGCGAUACAGCUCGUGUCCUCUAUCAAUCCAAUGGAAGACUUCGAACCUGCAUCGGUAAAUUGCUGGUGCCAAGCCAUGCGUUUGUGGUCGCUUUGCGCCAACCGAGGGGUCCCGACGUGUCCGAACGCGGACGAUUAUUUCUCACUGUUAGCAAACUGCGUGGAUGUGGACCCUAAAAAUGUUUCAAAUGAAGGUUACGAAACCGUUCGCGAGGCAUUCAACGCGUUCUCGUCGUUUUGCUCAAAUCAUAAGAACAUGAAAGCGUCGACGCCGCUGUUAGAGAAAAUUUCCGGCUUCGCGAGCCAUUGGAUUCUAAAGAAUUACGAGUCGUUUUCAGUAGGCGGCGCCCGUUCUCGCUUUACGUUUGCGUCCGCUGCUUUUUUCCUCGAUUCUGCGAAUCUUGCCGGAAUUGGCGAGGAAGGUAACGAGAACGAGGGUAACGAGGACGAUGUAAAUUCCAACACGCGAAGACGACUCGCAAACGCGCUCUCAAAGGCGUGCGACAUUUUACUGCGAGAGUUGGCGGCAGAUUACGCCCGAGGUAUCAUUGCUAGUUCGGAUUUUUAUAAAGCGAGAGCAUCCAGAGGCGCUGCAAUGCACGGCGUGCUGUGCGUUCUCAAAGCGCUCGCUGGUGGUGUAAACGAAAGCUACGAGGAGAACGAAGAGAUGCGCGAAUCGAGCGUGGACGAAUACAUCAAGACCAUCGCUCAAAAUAAAGCAUUAGAAGCUAUCGAUACGCUGUGUGCUGCGAUGUAUCGAGAGACAGUUGGUAUUGAGCGUGCGAGACGUGCUGACAUGAAGAUGCGUCAGCAACGUGCGCGGCACCGCGGGUUAUCGCUGGAUGUUCGGAGCGGCGACGCGAGAGCUGCGAGAGGACAAAUUUCACCGAAAUCAGGAAUGUCUCCCAGUAGACCGCAGACGAAGAAACCGCCGCUCGUUGGGUCUGCUGGUAGUCCGAGCGAUGACAUUGGUCUUUUAAGUUCAUCGCCGCCUUUAGGUGGUGGUGGUGGUGGUGGUCUCAUCCACACAAACGAGGCGUUUACGAAGAAGCGCAUGUCUUUUGAUACCACAUCUAACCAGAUUUCGGCUGCAUUUCAGCAAAAAGCACGCAUCGGUAAUACAGAAAAAGUCGCCGCGACGCUCGUUGCCGAGGAUAAAAAUCUUCCAAACAGAAGUCAAACGAACAGCCCAUCUCCGGCUUUAGUUGCCGUGCGCGAAGGAUUUACCACGGAUCAAUCAUCAUCGGCGCAAAAACGCGUCGGCGGCGCAGACUUUGAUAGGGCUUCGGACAGAAACGACGAGUUGGAAAAACUGUACUUUGAGAACUAUUCCGGCGAGGAGUCUGUCCAAGAAGCGCAUGCGCACGAAGUGACCACAUUUAUGGGUUUGCGCGUGUUCUGGGCCUCCGCGACGCUUCCCAUUCAACGUGCUUUAGUGCAAGCGUUGGAGAUUCUCGAACAGUUUGGUUUGCCGGAAAUUGUCGAAGAUGAAUUCGCACCGCCGAUGGAUGAAGAAGAGAAGAAAUGUCGCAAGAAGCAGCAACGCGCGGAGUACACAAAGACGUGUUUAUACGCGACGGCGACGUUGUUGCGCUCGUUACCGCCGGGUGCGGGCAGCUUGGCGAAACUCGCCCUGAAAAACGGCGUCAUGUCGACGCAGUCGCUUGACGCUGCGUUAGAUUCGACGAGAACUGCGUUGUUGGAUGCCGAGCGUGAUUUCAUAAAUACGGCGAAUAACAUCACGCCUUCAAACAUGACCAAAGUCGUCAGCGCAGCGCAAGAGUGUGGAGUCAUUCUGUCCUUGGCGGCGAAAUCGCUCGUACCACCCGCGGAGGAUUGUCGCGACGCGCUUCUUGGUGGGUACACGAUUGAGUUCACCACCGCCUCCGAGGCACGCAAAUACGGUUGCGAUCCGAUGAAGUCUGUUUUGCCAACUUUUAGCGAUUGGUUUUUCGCUCCGUUGUCUCCGUCCUCCGCUGUACGCGGAUGGGACGUCGCGAGUAUCGCGUCCAAUCUAUCACUUGUUCUCGGUUACGAAAAGUUACACGCAUCGACAAUUGUCGAGUUGAACUCUUCAAAAAAGCUCUCCGCGUUGUCCAACGUCUUCUUGAAGGAAAUGGUUAUAUGGCGCGAUCCUGCCGUCACGGCGCCGUUAGCCGCGUUGACCGAUUUAUACUGGUCGCAAACCGUCUUUGAGUUUUUACAAAACGAUGCCAUGCAAUCGUCAUCCUCUCCUUUAGGCUACACGAAAAGAAUCAAACCGAACGAAAAAUCGUUGAGCGACCCUUUACACGUUCCCGAAGGGUCUGGAGACGCAUCCGUGUCUUCCGCUUUGGCGAUUGCCUUUGGCACAACUUCUUACGCGGAUGCUUUGUUUGGAAGACACAUCAGUUUUUGGCUCCGCGCGGACGUUCCCGCCAAAGCUCGAGCUUCCUGUUGGAUCGCUUUGCGCGAAAAUUUGAGCCUACAUCUACUUCCGAGUAUUGCAAAGUUAGUCGAGCCUAUUCAUUCGCACGUCAUGUUACCUCGCGGAGGCGAGCAAGAUCCUGAAAUGUUUGAGCUGUACAUCUCGUCGUUAGAAUCGGGCGAUUUAGAUAAAUGGUUCGCAUCGUGGGAGAAAUUCGAAGGGUGGGAUUACGGCGGCAUUGGUUCGAGAGGCGCCCGUUUACCAUUCGAAGCACCACCAGUCGCGGUCGCUCUGGUCGUCCACGCCGUCGCUCACGUCGUUCUGGGCGGAGCUGGAGGGAACGCCUUGCAAAAGAAGACCAUUCGCCGUUUAUUGUCGAAAGAUCGCACCGGGACGUACCUUCGCGCAAUCAUGAACACGCCUUUGAUGCUUCGUCGACGACCUCGGUUCGCGAGCACUUCGGCGAAAACGAACGCUGGAGAGUUGCACGAGACGCCAUUUGGUUGGGGCUUUUGUUUUGGAAAGUUUGGUAAGUGGGAAGAUAUGGGUCCGAGGCGGUCGGUGUUGUUAGACGCUUGCGGCGACGACGAGGAAUUGUUGAGAUUAUUAAGACACGCGCUGGUGACGUGUAAGUUAGCCACGAGAGAAAGCAUGGACGUCCACGCGAUGGAGAUGUCCGUGGAGAAAACUAGCAGCUUUUAUGCGUGA